GGUAGAAGACAGUGGCCUCGGACAAAUAGACAAAUUAACAUGAACCAUUAUGCCAAUAAGAAGAGUGCAGCCGAAAGCAUGUUGGAUAUUGCUUUGCUCAUGGCCAACGCAUCCCAGCUGAAAGCGGUGAUGGAGCAAGGACCCUCUUUCGGAUUCUAUGCUCCCCUGAUCACUCUCAUCAGCAUCUCACUCGCACUUCAGAUUGCAGUUGGCGUGCUCCUAAUAUUCCUUGUUAAAUAUGACCUUAAUAAUCCUGCAAAACAUGCCAGGCUGGACUUUCUCAAUAACCUUGCCACUGGACUGGUGUUUGUUAUAGUAGUUGUCAAUAUAUUUAUCACUGCUUUUGGAGUUCAGAAGCCGUCUAUCCCAGAUCAGAAAGCAUAG